AUGUCACAAAGACGAAAUUCAGAACAAGACAAAAUUCACCAAUAUAUAAAUACAUGUUAUGUUUUGGCAUCUGAGGCUACUUGGAGGUUAUUUCAUUAUAAACUAUAUGAUGAAAAACCUGAUAUUAUAAGGCUUCAGGUUCAUCUUCCAGGACAGCAUAUGGUAAUUUUUCAAGAUAAUGAAAAUUUGGAAGAAGUACUAGAGUGUGGAACUAUGACAAAAACAAUGUUGACUGUGUAUAUGAUAAAAGAAAGAGAGAAUAGAAACCAAGACAAAGAGAGAAUACAAUCGGAUGCAUCAACCUCUUUUGAAAAUCUUAGAACUAUUAAUGGAGUUACAUAUGCUAUAUUUAAAAAUACCUGUAAUACUUUGGGCUUGCUUCAAGAUGAUUAUGAUUGGAAUCAAUGUUUGAAAGAAGCCAAAGAACUACAAUCUGCCUUUUGUGAUGAUCUUUUGUUUCAAGCUAAUCAAGAAUCAGAAUCGAUUUUACUUAGACACGGAAUGAAUCUCAACAAUUUUCCAAAUAUGCCAAUUCCCGUACUACUUCCUGAAGAACCAAGUUGA